AUGUCCGGAAAAGAAGCCGUCCUCACCUCCAACGCCCCCAAGCCGCUGCCCGGCAUCUACAGCCAGGCCAUCAAGGCCAAUGGCAUGGUCUUUGUCUCGGGCGCCGUGCCCAUGGAUCCCGUCACCAUGCAGCUCAUUGACGGCGACAUUCAGGCUCACACGCACCAAUGCAUCAAGAACCUCUCCGCCAUCCUCGAGGCCGCCGGCUCCAGCCUGGAAAAGGUCGUCAAGGUCAACGUCUUCCUGGCCGACAUGGGCGACUUUGCCAAGAUGAACGAGGUGUACAGCACGUACUGGGGCGAUGUCAAGCCCUGCCGGACAUGCGUGGCUGUCAAGACGCUGCCCCUGAACACCGACGUCGAGAUUGAGUGCACUGCUGUCCUGUAG